GUGUCAUCUGGCAGCUGUGCAUAUCACAGGGAACGCAGCGACCACUCGGCUGCUGAGCAAAGCUGCUUCACUGGAUAGUCAGAGAUACUUGGAGGGGAGAAAGCAAUGGGAAAGGCAGCCCUUGCUUUUUUUGAUUCUGACAAGCUCUGAAAACUCUUGAGAAACAGAAACCUGAUGGAUGAAGGACUGUGUGGAGAACCAAUAAAGCAGAUUUCCAAGGAUAAGUUGCAGAUAGAAGAACAGUGCUCAAAAGGAAAUAUUCAGUAGGAUUUCUUCAUUGGUGCAGAGGGAAAGUGUUUGGGGAUCUCUGAUAUUUCAGCCUCCGAAUCAGCUUCCGUGUGGGGGACAUGUGGGACUUAAAAAGGACAGCAGAAGGAGAGCCCCUAGGGCGAAGCUGACGUGUCCUCAGCACAGGGAGAAGGACCCAAUUAUCAAUUCUUUUCUCUGGUUUUCAACCACGGGGCAGAUUUUCAAAAGGCAAGUGUUCCCUCCUGCCACCACCGGCUUUAGCAGCUGAGCUGGCAGAAGGCGCAGAGGAGCGUGAUCAGUGCCAGGGCUCUGCUGCCCCAGCCAUGAGCCGGCACGCCUGGUUCCCCCUGCAGUACCUCCCCAAGCCCUUCUGGAGGGCACAGAACAACAGUACAGCCAACUUCUUCUCUGCACUGUAUGGCUUCCCUAACCAAUCCUUCUUGCACAAUGACUUGGACCUGGAGGACCUGGGCGACUUUGACAGCGGGGUCAAGUAUGAGGGCGAGUCCCAGAGCCGGCUGGUGAAGGCACUGCUGAUCAUCGCCUACUCUGUGAUCAUCUGCAUCUCGCUCUUCGGCAACAUCCUGGUGUGCCAUGUGGUGAUCAAGAACAAGAGGAUGCACUCUGCCACCAGCCUCUUCAUCGUCAACCUCGCCAUCGCCGAUGUGAUGAUCACCAUCCUGAACACCCCCUUCACCCUGGUGCGGUUUGUGAGCAGCACCUGGGUUUUUGGGAAGCUGAUGUGUCACAUCAGCCGGUUUGUUCAGUACUGCUCUGUCCAUGUGUCUGUGCUGACCCUUGCUGCCAUCGCUCUGGACCGGCACCAGGUGAUCAUGCACCCUCUCAAGCCACGCAUGUCCAUGGUGAAAGGAGGGAUUUGCAUCGUCAUCAUCUGGGUUCUGGCCAGCUGCUUCUCGCUGCCUCACGCCGUUUAUCAGACUCUGACAAGGUUUUAUAUUGGAAACAGAACCAUCCGAAUGGUCUGCCUCCCCAGCUUCCCUCCUCCUGCUGACCUCUUCUGGAAAUAUUUGGACUUGACUACGUUUGUUCUCUUGUAUGUCCUGCCCUUGCUUGUGAUCUCCAUCACGUACACCAUGGUGGCCAAGAAGCUCUGGCUGAGGAAUGCCAUUGGGGACCUCACCAUGGAGCAAUACUACGCUCAUCAGCGAAAGAAGAAGAUGACGCUGAAGAUGCUGAUGGUGGUGGUGGUUGUGUUUGCUGUGUGCUGGUUCCCCCUGAACUGCUACGUGGUGCUGAUCUCCUGCAGGGCCAUCCACAGCAGCAACGCUCUGUACUUCGCUUUUCACUGGUUUGCCAUGAGCAGCACCUGCUACAACCCCUUCAUCUAUUGCUGGCUGAACGAGAGCUUCCGCGCGGAGCUCCGGGCGCUGCUCUGCGUGUGCCGGCGCAGGGCCACGGCCCAGGGCCACGCUCUGCAGUCCAUCUCCCCCCCGUGCCAGCACGCCUGGGCUGAGAACUGCCGCUACCAAACAGGCAGUACCUGUCAGAAGGCACAGACACCCUCUCAGAGGAACUCUGCAAAGACAGACAUAUCCAGUGUGCAGCCAAUUGUGGCAGAAAGCUGAAGCCCUCACCUGACAGCUGGGCAGCAUCACGUUGUGAUUGCAGAAUCGUGGGGAAAAUGGAGCUGGAAAGUUCUGUGGAGACCAUGUAGUCAACCUU